CGGUCUAGCUAUUUAACGUGGGGAAGGCCAGGCGGUGGAGUGGGGUGCCCGUGCCAAUGGGGAGGGCCACGCGGUGGCUCCGCGGUCUCUUCGGAGGGAAGAAGCCUGCUACUGACGUGGCUUUGCGGACAAAGGAGAAGCGGAGCUGGGGCUGCGGGAUGCCGCUCAGGGAGAAGGAGCAGCGGCGGUGGAGGGGAGAGCAGGCAGCAGCCGCGGUGGACGUGGAGGAACGGAAGGGGUCGUACCAGGAGGCUUUCGCCUCGUCGGCGGCCGGGGAGGACGACCGGGAGAAGCAGAGCCAGCGCGCGAUUGCCGUCGCGGCGGCCACCGCCGCGGUGGCGGAGGCUGCCGUGGCUGCUGCGCAGGCUGCGGCAGCCGUCGUCCGUCUGACCAGCACCGGAAGGGCCCCCGUAGUGUCUUCCUCUGCCGCAGCCCGUAAGAGGGAGGUAAUCGCGGCGGUCAAGAUCCAGGCCUCUUUCCGUGGUUACUUGGCAAGGAGGGCGUUGAAAGCACUGAGAGGGCUCGUGAAGCUACAGGCGUUGGUCAGAGGUAAUAUCGUCAGGAAGCAAGCGGCAGAGACCCUGCGGUGCAUGCAGGCCCUGGUGAGGGUCCAAGCCAAGGCCCGGGCGUGCCGCGCCCUCAGAUCGGAGCGCUGCAGGUUCGAGAAGGCCCCCAGCUGCCAUGUCAGGACUUCAUCGAGGCGAGCUACUUCCUAUUCGACCAUCGGGGAUCGAGUAAACAACUCUGGUGGAUCGAACUGGUUGGACGACGAGAAGAAUGCCAAGAUCUUGGAAGUGGACCAAGGGAAGCCGCAAUUCCACUGCAAGAGGCGCCAUGCCCGCAACCAUUCCUCGUGCUCCACCCUGACCUCGGACCCCAACAACCACAGCUUCCUCACGUUGCCGGAGUCGCCCUCCGACGAAUCCACGGCGGCCCAACAUAUCGUCGAAAUGCAGCAAUCUCUGGGCCAGCUGAGAUCCCCCUUCGAGUUGAGUGGCUAUGGCGAGAGUCCUUACUUCUACCUUACCUCGUCGAGGCCCGGGAGCUCGAGCAGAGGCGCCUUCACUCCGUCCAAAAGUGAGUUCACCGGAAGCCUUUUCGGUGGUUACUCGGGAUACCCAAACUACAUGGCGAACACCGAGUCGUCAAGGGCUAAGGUGCGAUCGCACAGCGCGCCGAAGCAGAGGCCAGACCGCCGGAGUCCGGAGGGGCUGCUGGCGCAGAGGUCGUCGUCGUUUCUGCAUGCCAAGUUAUCAAACAAGGCUUACCCUGGUUCAGGUAGGUUGGAUCGAUCAGGAAUGCCAACUGUGAGUUGAUCAAAUCAAGCUCCCAAAGCCAUGCGAUCUUGCCUACUGAUCUCUCUAAAUUCCUAAAAAUGCAUCACGAGUGCCCAAAAAGUGUUCAUCUGCUGUUAAUCUUACUAUGUUUUCAUGUACAGUGCUUAAAAAUUUCAUCUCAUUAUGCAAGAAUCAGAUCUCCUUUUCUGAAAAGGAGUGAAGCAACUUCCUAUCA